AUGACCGUCGAAUCCACCAAACCCAGCACCAUUUCCGCAACGAUUGCUGCGAAGAUUCUGAUCCAUGAUCCGAGCUCCGUCUACUAUUUACACCCGUCAGAAGGACCAAGCAAUUCUCUAACCAAAUACCUACUGAAGGGAGAUAAUUUUGACUUUUGGGAGCAAGCUAUUUGUAAUGUACUCGAAGGCAAAAGCAAGAUUGGUUUUUUAUAUGAAAAGGGUUUUCGAAAACCCACGAACGAGUUGGAACUUGAUGCCUUGAAAGCGAACAACUCAAUCAUAUGUUCGUGGAUUUUUAACAGUGCUGACGAGACAAUCCAGCCAAGUAUCGUCGCUCACCAAAUUGCCCACGAAUUAUGGACUGAUAUAACGGCAAGGUACAAAAGCACGAAUGCUCCAAGAUCGUGGCAGUUGAAGUCCGAUCUACAAAUGUUGAGACAAAAAGGUCAAUCUGUAGUCUCGUUCUACAAUCAGUUUAUAAAUAUUUGGAACCAAUUGUAUGGUUCGAUUGAUCCAAACUGCGGGUGUAUAUGUCCUGUAGGUGCAAAAAUGCUUCUUCGAUUUGAGGAGGAGAAGACACAUGCGUUUCUUCUCGGACUCGAUGAUGCACAGUUCGGAGCCACUCGCUCCGAGAUCUUCGGCACCCAUCCACUUUUUGUUCUCAAUGAAGCCUACUAUCUUGUCUCUCAAGAGGAGAGACACAAGUCGAUUGUGUGUAACCGCGAUGACCACACCGAUGGACUAGCAUUCGCGGUUGAAACUCAACCCACACCACCUCUGAAAUACAAAUGCACCCAUUGCGGGAAAAAUGGUCAUUCUGCAGAACGGUGCUUUAUUUUGAUUGGCUUUCCCAGCGGAGGAAGAAGGGGUCGUGAGGGAGGACGCGGGGGUCGAAGAGGUCAAGGUCCACCAUCUGGCCGUGAACAAUCUGCAGGCCGCGGUGGUGGCAUGGCUGCACACACAGACAGUCCAACUUCACCAGCAGUGACGAUCGGCAACAGCCAAGGCGGGAACUUUCCAAGGCUGUCGGCUGAGCAGAUGACUCGAUUAUUAAAUAUGCUCGACACUCCUACACAAUCAAGAAAUAACACGGGUACGGUUCAUGCUUUGUCACCCGAUUGGUUAAUUGAUAGUGGUGCUUCACAUCACAUGACGGGUAAUUUUUCAUCACUUUAUGAUAUUAUGUCUGUCCCUGAGUGUUCUAUUGGUCUCCCGGAUGGCACUCGUGUUGUGGCAAAUUAUUGUGGUAGUGUACAAAUUUCUGCCAAUUUAAUAUUGAAAAAUGUGUUGUUCGUCCCUAAUCUGAAAUGCCACUUGAUUUCUGUUGGAUGCCUGAUUAAGUUCAACAAUUGUCGUGUGAUUUUUGAUGAUUGUUGUUGUGUGUUAUUGGUUUGUGUUUCGACAACGGAGAUUGGUCGGGGUACAGCUCGUAACGGGGUAUACGUGUUCCAGUCUCAAGCUUUCGUUUCCGCUUCUAGAGUCGACCAGGUCGAGUUGUUGCACAAGCGACUGGGUCAUCCAUCUCCUACAAUUUUAUGUUCCCCUUCUUUUAAUAAAACCCCCUCAGAUAUCAAACGAUUAGAGUAG